CUGUCAAUAGAUAUCCAACCACGAAUGCUGCUAAUCAUGCUGUUCUCAAAGCAAUCAAAAGUUUCUUCGUUCCUCCCUUUUGCUCUCUUACUACAGUUGAAUUGAGUCGAGGAGAGGAAAUUUAUUAUUUCUGGCACAAGAUGGCAAAUGGCAAGGACCAGUUUCGGUUUCCACUGCAGACUCAGCCCCAACAACCGGGGAAAGAAUAUCUCAUGCAUCCACUUCCACAGGCAAUAAAUCCCAAGUACCAGCCUUCCAACAAGCUCCAUGGAAAGGUAGCUCUGGUGACUGGAGGUGAUUCUGGGAUAGGAAGAUCUGUGUGCUACCAUUUUGCAUUAGAGGGGGCAACUGUGGCCUUUACAUAUGUAGAAGGGAUAGAGGACAGGGACAAAGAUGAAACCCUGCAGAUGCUACUCAAGGCAAAGUCAAAUGUUGCAAAAGAGCCUAUUGCCAUAGCUACCGAUGUUAAGUUUGAAGAGAAUUGCAAGAAGGUUGUUGAUCAAGUUGUGAGCGAAUUCGGGCAGAUUGAUAUUCUGGUGAACAAUGCAGCUGAACAAUACUAUGUAACUGCAAUUGAAGAGAUUACCGAGUCUAGGCUUGAGAGAAUUUUUAGAACCAAUAUAUUUUCUCAGUUCUUCAUGGCCAGGCAUUCUCUAAAAUACAUGAAAGAAGGGAGCUGUAUCAUCAACACAGCAUCUGCUAAUGCCUACACCGGGGGCUCACAAUUUCUGGACUACAGCUCCACUAAGGGAGCCAUUGUAACUUUCACCAGGGGUUUGAGCCAACUACUUAUAAGCAAAGGGAUUCGUGUCAAUGCUGUCUCUCCAGGUCCAGUCUGGACGCCAAUACAACCAGCAUCACUGCCUGCUGAAAAGGUUGCGAGCUUAGGGUCUGAUGUGCCAAUGGACAGGGCAGCACAGCCCUAUGAGAUCGCGCCUUCUUAUGUGUUCCUAGCAUCCAAUGAGUGUUCCUCCUAUUUUAAUGGCCAGGUUCUGCAUCCUAAUGGCGGGCUAAUUGUCAAUGCUUGAUCUGGUCAUGGGUUUUUGGCCAGCUCUUUUGUUCUGCUCGCUCUGCAACUAGCCCUGUAUUAUGGU